AUGGAUUUCCUGGGCGUGGUCUUCGAGAAGUACGUGGACGAGUUCUUCAAGUCUACGGGCGAGUUUCGGACGUCGGCGCUGCAGGCGCUGCGCGACAUGGGCUGGGACCUGGUGCGGCCGUCGGCCAUCGAGGAUGAGUCGUUCCGGCGCCAGUACCUGGAUGGCCUGUACACCAACAUGCCCAUGUCGCCGCUGGCCUACUUCUACUACUUCUGGCUCAAGAAGUCCGUGUCACGCCAGCGCCGCGGAUUCGGCGCGUCGCCCACGUCGGGCAGCGGCGGCGAGCAGCUGUGGAGCGGCUGGUCGGGCGGCUUCCUGUCCACCUACCCGCGACUGGCGCCGCCCUUCCGCCGGCUCGAGAUCCCGCUGCCGGUGUUCAACAUGGCGCUCGGCGACGACCCCUCCGUGCGGCACCUGCAGAUACCGCGCGUGGCCCCCCGCGUCUACGCCGCCCUGCUGCGCUUUCUCUACCACAGUGCCCUCAACGCCAACGGCAACAACAACCUGACCGAGGCGACCGAGGACGCGACCGCCAUGUUCCAGCGGGUGCGCGCCUGCGUCGAGGAGCAGUACGCGCCGCUCAGGUCGCCCUCCUCCUCGCCUUCCGCCUCGACGAGCGGCGCCGAAGCCGACGCGGGCCCCGCGGCUUCGUCGUCGGUGCAGGACAUGCUGGACGUCCUGUCCGUGGUGCCGGCGUUCGAGGCGUACCGCGCGUACCUGACCGCCGACUUCCGGUUGCAGACGGCUGCCGACCUGAACAGUCGACAGCUGUUCUUCGUCUACUACGCGGCGUCGCACUGCGCAGACGAGACGGUGGCGCCGCGGCGCGGUCGCAGCCCGGCGAGGCUCCGGGUGAACGGACCUCUGCGAAACAUGCCCGAAUUCGCGGACGCCUUCAAGUGCCCCGUCGGUUCGUUCAUGAACCCGACCAAAGUGUGUGCCCUGUGAAACGCGGCGCCGGGCGAGACUGUCUUUGCCGCGUUUGGCUUUUUGCGUGUAUGUGCGAGUCAUUGCGCUUUCUUUUUUCUGUUAGUUUGUUUCGACGAGUGUCUACGUGAAAAUUUCGUGCAUUAAUACACCGUGUUCUAAGAAGACUGAAUGUUUCUGUUUUUCCCUCUUCGUGUAUUAUGUUUCGGAUGCUUCUCGGCGCUCAUUUCGCAGGUGGUUCUUUCGAUUGCGCUGAAACUGAAACUGCCGAAUUCGCGCGUUUUGAUGAUGCCAUGUGUUCGGAAUGUGUGCCGUCAAGAGCGAGGAGGAGAUACUUCGAGCAGGAAGCUGGACUUGUUUCCAGAUUAGUUUUCUUCUUUGCUUCCUUCUCCCAGUUCCGCCCCGCUUUCGCCCUCCGUAAACUGUCGCGCUUCCUUUCGCCGGGUUUCCGGAAAUUGUUUCCCUGCCACGUUCCGGCCGCGAGAACCCAGCUGACUGAGGUGCAUUAUCCUUGGUGUGUUUUUUCAUGAAGAUGCGAACAUUGUUCGGGUGUAUUCGGCUUUUCGCAGCGACGGGCUUUGCGCGAGCGCGCGCGCAAAAUGAGGUUUCUUGACAACAGAACGUGUCCGAUCGGUUGUGUUGAAGUGACGCAUUCAUGCACCAUGUUAACUUCGCAUAGAUGGGCCGACUCGUCGCUUAUGGUCGGGCGCUCCAUCUCCUGCGACGCAUACUGCAUUUACUGUUGCUAGACGAUGCAUAUUGGGAACGGCCCUCCUAUAGUGUUCAUUGUUCGUAUUGUUCGCUAAAUAAAGCGCCUGCGUUUUCUAUUGCCGGGCAUUUCGUCCGGGCCUGUAAAAGACGCUAAACCAGAUUAAAACUAACGUUCUUUCGAAAAUGCGUUUUGGUUAAUGUCGCUGCAAUAAACUGCAUUAUUCAAAGAGGAAAUAAAGGCAAACUUUGCAUAAUGGCUCAGUAGAUGUUCAUCUUUGUAUCCUUUAGAAUACAAUGUAUUCUCUCUGCAGGCCCUGCCUUUUAUUUUUUCCAUCUGUUCUUUUUUUCUUUCUGCGGGCUCUGCAGUUCUUUGCAGUCCCUGUAUUCUCGCUGCUACAUAGGUGCGUCGGCUCCUGCUCGCUGCCGUUGCAGCUUUCGUCUACCAGUGACGUGGUAUAGCCGAGACCUGCGAUAUCUCCUUUUGCCGGCGAGAACAGUGGCUGCUCUGAGAAUACGGGCGCGCGGGUUAUUUUUAUACUGUUCUAGCCUUUAUAUAGUCUGUUACAGGAGUUGGGACAUUGUGCGAGGUCACAUGCGUAAUUUCUGCUCACAAUUGAGAUUCAACAAGACAAGCAAAAGAAAUUUGACUCGCCAUCCCUGCCCUGCGAAAGUGGAUGUCCAGCGAAGCCAUUACAAAGCCACCACUACGACCGCUGAGGGGGGUAUGCAGUGCUUUAUUGGUGGUUCGGAUGCUUGUU